AUGCGGUUCAGUGUGCUGAAGUCUCUAGUAGAGUUUAUGUAUUGCGGAAAAACUCAAUGUUUAGAAGAAAAUUUAGAUGAAUUAGUUUCCGCGGCGCAGUUCUUAAAGAUCAAGGGUCUGUCUAAGGUGACAAAAGAAGGUCUCGGUAUUACUAAGCAUAGUGGCAGGGCGUUCCGGGCGCCCGGAAAAAAGACAAGCGAGACUCGCAAGGCCCAAGAACAGCCAAGAUAUUCGGAGACCUCCGCAGACGGGCUUGAUGAAGGGCCCACAGCGGAGGACCUCAAGGAACAGGACACUGUGGAGCCAAAGCCUCCGCCGGCGCCCCUCGUGCCGCAGAAUCCCUGCCCAACGGUGGACAGCCUCGGCCGCACCAAUAAGGACAUGGUAGUGCGGAUCCCGUUUGACAUCGAGGGCGGGACCGGCGCCGCUGCUGGGGCGGAGCACCCGGACGCCUCGCGCGCCUCCAGACCCCGCCGCGGCCGGCCCAGCCUCCGGCGAGCCACUGGCUGGGAGGGCGGCGGCCCCCUUGGGAGGGCGGCCGAGCGCGCCCUGCUUCGACGCGAACAGGACUCGCGCAAGGCGAUACACCAGCUGAAACACCUACAGACCAGGCACUUGCAGGACUACAUGGAUAGGGUGACUCUGUCGCAGGCGGUCGACAGCAUAUGCGACCCGGAGGCCGCCGCGAACAGCUACCUGAACAUGGACAACGACCUCAUGUACAUGGACCCGGCGGUGGGCUCCGACGCGCUGCACCAGAUGCCCUUCACCAAGGACUCGCUGAUGAACGAGACAAUAACGUCGAGCUUCGCAGACGCGGGCAGCAGCAACGGCACCGGCGAAAGCGCGCCCGGCAUCGGCACCGCAAUGUCGCAAUACGUGAACGCGCUCAAAAACGCCGGCCUCCCCACCGACCUGCCCAUCCUCUUCGAGUCGGGCGACGGCUCCUACAUAAACGUGAACGAGCAGGUCCUCCUCGACAUGGUGCAGAGCAGCGAGAUACAGUACGAGGUGAUCGAGCAGCCGAACAUAAUCGAGAAGGUGGCCGACCCCAGCGAGAUCAAGAGCAUCGACGACCUGUCCAAGUCGAUCGAGCGCGGCGAGAUGCUGAUGGGCGGCAAAAGCUACGGCGGCGGCUACGACAAGGCGCCCCAGUACGACCGCCACGAGGACACGAUCAACAGCCUGAGCGCUAUCCUGCCCGACAAUCUGGAGACGUUCGGCGAGCAGCAGAACUACGUGGUGCUAGGCCAGGAGCUGAGGGGCGGCCAGUCGAACAUGGACGCGGUCGCCUCGCACGACUUCUCGUGCAUCGACAGCGACAUGCAGUUCUUCACCAAGUCGAUGAGCGACGACGUGAAGAAGUACUACGAGGACCAGCAGCUCAGCGACGCGAGGGUGAUGGAGCAGCUCUGCCCGAGCACGUCCCUCGACACCAGCUUCAACAUGUCCCUGCUCGACACGAAAAUCUCGAACAUGAACGAGAACAUGUCGCAAACCUUCAACCCGUUGAACAACGAGGACUUGAGAAGGAGCGAGGACUGCUACGACUUUAGUCUGCAGCUGCCGCAGGGCUCGGACUUUAAGGAAGACCCGCUCGACUGUCUGAUAUCGAGCUCGAAGCAAAGUGACGACGAACGGGGCGAUUUCAACCAUCACCACGACGAUUUGGACAAAAGGGCUCAAGAGAGGGACGCGUUGAUCGAUGAUUUGAUUAAUAUCGAGGAGAAGAUCCACCUUGAGAAUAGCAAAAACGGUCUUGACGACGAGAAGGAUGAACCCGAGUCCAGUUUCAACGUGGAGGAAGUCUUCCAGAAGGAGAUUGGCGAUAUGGAGGAAACGGAUCGCGAUAAAUGCGAUGCGGAACGUCCAACGGAUAUCGCAACGGACGAUUUACAGUGGGAUAGUAUAAAUGUAAGCGAAAAGGUGAUCGAAAAGAAUUGUGAAGAGGAAAAACCUAGUCACGAUGACAGCAGUACACCGAACGGUGCAGCCGUUGAUGAAACGAGCACUUCAUAUUCAGACGCAAUAAUCGAUUUAACCGAAUGUAUUAAACUUAAAUCAAAUCAGUGGGAGGAAAUUUUGAAUGGAGAUGAAAGAAGAAAAGAAAGUUCAGAGACGUGUUCAAAUCAAGGUGAGAAUUCGACACUAGAAGGAGACAUACCGUUUGCAGUCGGAUUGCUUCCAUUAAAACAAAUGCCAACCGCGGACAACGACGUUUUGUUGAAGAGGAAAGGCGACGAUUCAGAUAGUUUGGACACAGUUGAUGCCAAAUGUUUAAAACUGCCCAUUUUAGAGUCGAGCGGGGCGCACGCGCCGUAUUGUACUACCGAAAUGAAAAUCGAUACAGAACGAGUAAUCAUUGAAGUUCAUCUGCGGCCCGUUUUGUGGGAUAAACGCAAUGAAUUAUACAAAAACAGGGACGCGAGGGAGGCUGCAUGGAGAGAUAUUUUGAAGGAAUUGGCACCUAACUACGAAAAUUUGAGCGAAGAGGAAAGAAAAGAGGCGGACAAGAAAAUACAACAACGCUGGCGAACAGCAAGGGACACUUACCAGAAAGACAAGAUAUCUGAAAAAAAUCAGCCAUCCGGCUCUGGGAGUAAGAAGAAGAAGAAGAAAUAUUCUUACUAUGACAUUUUGACUUUCUUAGACAGUACAACGGAAACUGCUGGAGAAGAGUCACUCUGUGAAGAAAUGUCUGAACAAAGUAAUUUAGAAACACCUAAUGAGUCCACGCAACCAGAUACUUCACGUCAAGAAAGUUCUCACCCAACAUCAAAACAAAAACAAGUAAAAUCUAAAAAGCAAGCACCAUCUGAAUUUGAGGCACAGUUAUUAGAAUGCUUAAAGUCUAAUCAACUGGAGCUAGAAAAUCAAGUUACUCAAAUCCAGUAUAAGCGGGACUCCGACGGGUUACCUAAGUAUGAUAAUACGCAAGGCGCGAGUUCCAUUUAUGCUGGUUUUGGG